AUGAUAAAUUAAUCAACGGAUAUCGAAUUCUUUCAAGAAUAAGAACUCACUGUUUCAAGAUGGCAAUUAGAAGAUGAAGACAAAGAAAAUUAAACAAAGAAUCUUAUUUAACUUCCAUAACCUAAAUCCUCUCUUUAUAAGAUCAAAAUAGAAUAUCCAGAUUAUAGUUCUCAAACUCCAUCAAACAAUAAAUCAAAGGAACUAAAAAGAAUGAUUGAGACAAAUUUUAGAAGAAGACCUAAAUAGUCAAGUGACGCUUGGGAAGAAAUUCUACUUAAAUGCAAUAACAUUAAAAAAGGUUGAC